CGCGGCGUAGCCUGCGAGACAAUCUGAACACUUAACCAGUCGGCAGAAGCCAGCAAUGUUGUUUCAGAUUGUGAUCACACUGGGAGUCCUCGCCCAGGUCGGCGUAUUUGCCAUCGACGACCGAAUUCUGGAGCGAGCUUCUAAUGGCACCUCCGUAGUCCUGCUCACAGUGGCCUACCUCCAACAAACCACCAUCUUCUCCGACGACAACGGGAUGCUACGCCGAAUCGCCUACGUAGAAACGAGGGACGGGGCAAGACUCAGCGAUAAUAUUUGGGCUGUGAGCGAGGAGGGGCUGCAAUUGACGCAGGCUUCCGACCAUCCGACUCUAAACGUCAAGCACAAUCUCAUUUCCCGAGAACUGGAUAUAGACUGGAUCGCCGUGGAUUGGGAGGAACUGCAGCGACCACUGUACUCUGCCGUGGCAGCUCGUCUGCUCCUCUUCCUCGCUCCGGAACGGCUGCCAGAUGUGAACGAUAUUGAUGGUCAAGCUGCGUUUUGGAAGAAGUACUAUAACACAAAUGGAUCAGUGAGUGAAUUUACUGGAGCCUCUUUUGAAUUGGAAGGUGCUCUUUACAGUCAAGAAAGAGCAAAAGUAACAUGCAGACUGCUAGCUACUGAUGUGCCUCAUUCCCAGGCAUCUUUGAAAAUUUCCUGGUACCUUUAAGUAAUGUUCUGGAAAGUUACUCGUCAGAAUUCUUUGUGGCUUUGGCAGAAAUGAUGCUGAUGGAAAGAAUCACCAACUCUGAGAUUGUUCAUUUCAUCCAU